AUGUCGAUCCGCAUAGCUUUGGACAACCAACCCGAGUUCUACACCAACCUCGACUCAAUCGACGGCCGCAUCAUUCUGUCCUUGAGUCGCCCCGAGAGCGUCGGCGGCAUCAUUGUCAAGCUCGAAGGAGAGUCCAAAACGGCUCUCGCCAUUCCCGGUGGCUUCGAUGACUACGGCACCCCGCAACCACCCCGGCUUCCCGGCAGCGGCCCCCCUGGCAAUGUGCUGAGUGAGAACCACAAGAUUCUGUACAAGGUCCAACAGGUCUUCCCUACCUAUGAGGACGAUGUCGCCAACGGCUCUGUCGGCGGCAACUUUGUCCUUCCCAACGGUCAGCAUGAGUUUCCCUUCAAGUUCAAGCUGCCCCUCAACAACGCCUGCAGCGACCCCGUCGCCAUGUCCAAGAUCGGAGGCCUCGGCGGCCUCGGUGGCUUUGGCGCCGGGGGUGGCAUAUUUGGCAUUGGUGGCAUGCGUGUCAUGGACGGCAGCAAGCAGCUGUUCAUGCCUCACGUCACCAAGACACUGCCCCCCUCCUUCACAGGCAUGCCCAUGGCUGCUGAGGUGCGUUACUACGUCAAGGUGACCAUUCAGCGGCCAGGCCUGCUCAAGGAGAACUGGCGCUACCAGAUCGGCUUCAAGUUCAUGCCCAUCGAGCCCCCUCGCCCUCCCCGCACCACCCAGGAAGCCUUUGCGCGCCGCCCCUUUACCUUCAAGCCGCGCAUUUCCACGCCAGCCGUUGCACCUCCCUUACAGAAGAAGCGCAGCUCCUUCUUCAUGACAGCCAAAGACAAGGAGAGGGAAAGGGAGAAGGAGAAGGAGGAGGCCUCGAGUAAGGCGUUCGCCGAGGCCGCCCCGCCUUCGAUCGAGCUGUCUGCUCGUCUUCCUCAUCCCCCCAUCCUCACCUGCAACCAGCCCGUUCCGCUGCGGCUCAUCGCGAAGAAGCUGGUGCCCUCGAACGAACAGGUGUAUCUGACCUCUUUGCAAAUCGAACUCGUGGGCACCAUGACCUUGCGAGCUCACGACCUGAACUACAAGCACCCAAGCCGCUGGACCAUUGUGCAUCAGGUCAACCUCAACACGCCCCUGCUGCAGAACCCAGCGACGGACGAGGUGGGCGUCGAGUCUGUUGUGCCCGAUGAUGUCUGGCGGCACGUCCCUCUGCCCAACACGGUCGCGCCUUCCUUCGCCACGUGCAACCUCCAGCGGACCUACGAGCUCGAGCUCAAGGUGGGCCUCAGCUGGGGCGCGCCCACACGCUCUGGAGGCCUGCUAGCCCGCAAAGAGCCGCCGCCGCAGACCAUCUACCUGCCGCUGACCUUUGCCAAGGUCCAGGUCUACUCAAACAUUGCUCCUCCGCCAGGGCUGCUACAGUCCCUGCAGGAGCAGCAGAACAAACCGGCGGCGGCGACUCUGAGCCGGCCCCCAAGGUUACCGCCGCGAACAAACACGGCGGGCAUGGCCUCGUCGGCAUCGACGCACACGAUGGCGCAUCCGCACCAGGCCCCGCCGCAACCACAGCAUGACCCGCUGUAUCCGCCGCAACUCAGCAACGAUGGUGCACCGCCGCCGGACGACGCGCCUCCGAGCUAUGACGAGGCCAUGGCGGACACGGCAGGUGCGCCGUUUGAGGGGACGGCCCAGGCGCGACCGGCGUUUAGCGGUGUCACGAACGAGAACGCGCCCAGUGAUGUGCCGACCAAGAGCUAG